GUUACUUCCAUAGCAUUAGCAUCGGCAUUUUUGAUAUCUGUCCUGUCACUCGCGAUGCUCAGGCGCCCAAGAACCCCGACCGUCUGGGCCCGUCGUCCUUGGGUCUGCACUCAAUGCCGAGCUCGGUAUUCCUCCGUCGCGCCGGCAUCGAAUCUCCGCGCUGGCAAUAACAAUACGAUCAACAAGAAGACCAAGUUGCCUGACUCGCCGGCGAGGACUCGAUUCGCACCGUCCCCGACCGGUUAUCUUCACUUGGGAUCUUUGCGGACGGCCCUGUUCAAUUACCUUUUGGCGAAGCGCACCGGGGGACAGUUCUUGCUGCGCAUUGAGGAUACGGAUCAGAAACGUACAAUUCCAGAUGCUGAGCAGAGGCUUUAUGAUGACCUUCGGUGGGCUGGAUUGCACUGGGAUGAAGGUCCGGUCGUCGGUGGUCCGUACGGUCCUUACAGACAGUCCGAACGAACCGCCAUUUACCGCUCCCACGCGCAGGAACUGAUCGAGAACGGCCACGCCUACCGCUGCUUCUGCUCUGCCGAUCGGUUGGACGCUUUCGCCAGACAUCGCAGCCAAGCUGGACUGCCGGCCGGUUACGAUAGGAAAUGCGGGGAUGUCUCAGCGGAGGAGUCGGAAGAGAGAGCGGCCAAGGGCGAAGCGCAUGUCGUUCGACUGAAGGUGGAGGGAUACCCGAUGUUCAAUGAUCUGGUGUACGGAAAGACAGGCCAGAACCGCUCGCCGAACAAGUUGGAUCUGAUCGAGCGUGUCUAUGAUGAUCCCAUCUUGAUCAAGUCCGACGGACACCCGACCUAUCAUCUGGCGAACGUCGUGGAUGAUCAUCUCAUGAAGAUCACCCAUGUCAUUCGAGGAACGGAAUGGAUGCCCUCGACCCCCAUGCACGUCGCGCUCUACAACGCCUUCAAGUGGACGCCUCCCCAGUUCGGUCACGUACCUCUGCUCGUAGACAAGUCAGGACAGAAGCUCAGCAAGCGCAAUGCGGAUAUCGAUCUCAGCUUCUUCAAGGACACCCAGGGCAUUUUUGCUGCCACUCUCGUGAACUUUGCCGCUCUUCUGGGCUGGUCUCAUACCCAGAAGUCGGACAUCUUCAACCUUGAAGAGCUAGAGCAACUCUUCAACCUCAAAAUCACCCGCGGCAACACCGUGGUGGCCUUCGAAAAGCUGUGGUUCCUCCAAAAAGCGCACGCCCAACGCUUCGCCGCCACCGACGGCCCCGAGUUCACCGAGAUGGUGACCAAGGUCUCCGAAGAAGUCGAGAAGACCUACCCAGCGGCGCAACUCACCCCCCUCCUCCAAUCCCGCUCUCUACAAACCUACAUCGCCCCUCUCCUCCGCGCCGACGCCAAAUCCUACACCAACGCCACAGACUUCACAACCCGCAACUCAACCUUCUUCACCCAAUCCCUCACCCGACCCCCAUACACCCCCUCCUCCACGACAACCACCAUCCCCUUAACCUCUCUCCACACCGCAAGCUUCGCACUCACCCUCGUGCCGCUCGCACACUGGACGCUCGAAACCCACCGCGCAAACAUAACCGCCUACGACGGCACCACCCCGGACACCGAAAGCGCAGCCCUCACACCCGAGGAAUCCACCAAGGCGCAAAAGGCCGCCGACAAGGCAUUCAAGAAGGAACUGUAUCACUAUCUCCGCUGGGCACUGUCGGCUGGUGCGCCGGGUCCUGGAAUCCCAGAGACGAUGGCUAUCUUGGGGAGAGAGGAGACGGUGAGGAGAGUACAGGAGGCGAAGGAGUUGACGAAGCAUUUGGUGCCCGGGCCGACGAGACGGGUUAAGCAGGGGGUGGAGAGUUUGGGUGAGGAUCGGUCUUGGAUGGGGUCGUUGGCUCCUUCUUCUGGGUCUUCUUAGGGGGGAUUGUAGAAGUGUGAGAUGGAUGGAUGGAUGGAUGGAUGGAUGGUGUUAUGUUUGUAUGUAUGAGAAAUGUAUAAUAAGUG